UCAAAUGACGACGAGUCAGAAGCGCAAGAAGAUGCGCAACUAUUUUACCGUAUUCGCCGUGCUGGCAGUAUUACUCGCCGGGUUUAUAAUUUACGUUUGCGCACCCGGAACAGAGACAUUACAAUUAGUACACGUAUUGUUUAGACAUGGCGAACGCUCACCGUCAUCUUCAUAUACAAAUGAUCCGUAUAAAAACCACAAAUGGCCGGGAGGUUGGGAUCAGUUGAGUAUUACUGGAAAGAAACAAGAAUAUGCAUUAGGUUUAGAAUUACGCAGAAGAUACCAAAACUUCUUACAAAAUGAAUACGAUCCGAGAGUAUUCCUAAUGGAGAGUAGUUAUGCUGAUAGAUGUUUAAUGAGCGCGCAACUUUUAUUGGCUGGGUUGUUUCCACCCUCUGGUGGUGAAAUCUGGAAUGAAAAUUUACGUUGGCAGCCUAUUCCGGUACACAGCGUACCAAGAAACAUGGAUAAUAAAAUAGCAAUAAAACGAAGUUGUCCUGCAUUCCAACGUGCUCUCAACGAAUCCUACGCGACUCUUGCCGAAUCAAACGUGGAAAACCGUCAACUUUAUGAUUACCUCUCCGAGAACACCGGUGAUGAAAUUCGUGACAUCCGCACAUUGGAAACACUUUACAAUACGCUGGAAAUUGAACAGUUGAAUGGUUUCCAACUCCCCGAAUGGACAAACAGCGUGUUUCCCUCAAAAAUGAAAGACUUAGCGGCGUCCAGUCUUGCGUUGUUCACUAAAACAAUCGAAAUGAAGCGGUUGCAUGGCGGUGUGUUAGCAAAAGAAAUUCUUACCAACAUGGAGAUGAAAGCGUUGCAGAAAUUAACACCUAAUCGCAAAAUGAUUAUGUAUUCCGGGCAUGAUUUAACGAUUGUUACACUGUUGAGAGUUUUCGGGUUUCCAGAAUUGAUUAAACCCGAUUUUGGUGCGACAGUUAUCAUUGAAUUACAUAAAUAUACAGCGGAGGAGGAUCAUAUAGUUAAGUUCUUUUACUUGGAAAAUCCAAAUGGAAAAGCCACAGAACUACAUUUGGAAGGUUGUCGAAAAAAUGGCUGCCAUUUGACACGAGUAAAAGAAUUGCUGCAACCAGUAUUACCAGAAAAUUGGGAACAGGAAUGCCUAACAUAAAAAAUGCUCAAAUUACACAAAUAAAAAUCAUUAAAUUAAUACCAAAAUGGCCGCUACUCGAAUAUCAACCAUUUUGGUUGCUGAAAUAAACACAAAUAAAAUAUUUUUUUAAUUAUAUUGAGUAUCAUACUGCAUAUAAUACAUCGAAAUAAACUUACUUAAUGUAGCGGUUUUUCUGUUCGUUAGUAUUUGUUAAUUGCUGUCUGUCAUUGCGCACGCAAAAGUAUUAUAAACAAAAGAGAAAAAAUACAUCCGUACAUGUACGGAGAGCUAUCGUUAUACAGAUCUAUCAAUAGACAACUAAAUUGUAUCAACCGGGGCAAAAUAUAAAGGCGUCAAAAUGUGGUAAUUAUGUAGUAAAAUGUGAUCGUAUGUAAUGAUGUCAAUGUUGAUUUGUACAUAAACUUGUCUCGUGCGUGUUGUAUAUAUUGCUUUGCAUUGAUUGUUGAUCGAUGAGAAUAAAUAGAAGUUGAGAGUUCA